CGAAGCAGCAGCAAAGCUAACAAAAACCAGUUUUGGACAACGCUGCAAGCAGCGCAGUCGCAGCGGCCAGUGGGCAAGCAGCUAUGCGAUUCAGCACAACUGCCACAACGACAACAACAACAACCACAACUGCAACUUAAUUGGCGCGCGUGUCAAAGAGCAUCUGCACAAGCGAUUUCACAACAAUAAGAAAACUCAGCUAUAUAUAUCCUCUCUAAAGGCUCUGUGUCGAAGUGGUAAAGAGAUGGCCAACGAACCGCAGGUGCAGCCGCAAAUGCUGCUCGUGGCUUUGCUGGCCAUUAGCGCAGCUCUGUCGCAGGGCAGCGCCGAGAGCUCGUCCAGCUGCGGGCCCAAUUUUCCGGUAGCCUGCUCCUGCGGCAAUGAGAUGUACGAGAAGACCGUUCAGUUCAUUGUGAACUGCACAAAUGCGGGUUUGCGCAACACCAGCGUGCUGGAGUACAUGCCCGAGCAGGUGGAGAUACUCAUCUUUACGGGCAACUACAUUACGGAGCUGCCGUGGAAUGUCUUUGGCAGCAUCAAUGACUACAAGCAGUUGAAGAUCGUGGACAUGAGCAGCAAUCACAUACGCGAGAUUCGCGGCAAGAGCUACCAUCAUGUACCGCACGUGGAGCGGCUCAUCCUGAACCACAACAAUCUGAGCAUUUCGCGCUUUGAGGACGAGGUGAACCACCAUCAUCCACGCGUUUUCUCCAACUUUGUCAAUCUGCAGAGCCUCCAUUUGACCGACGCCUUCGAGGAUCACAGCUCGCCGCAGCUGAGCGAGGAUCUGCACGACAUCUUCGUGAACAGCCAGCUGGUCAAGCUGCAAAAGCUGCAUCUGGAGCAGAACGAGAUUACGCACUUCAAAGAUCGCAACGUGUUUUGUGAUCUGCCUGCACUGCUCGAUCUGCAUCUGGGUGAUAAUCUGCUGAAGGACAUUAACUUUGAGGUGCGCUGCCUGAACAAUCUGCGCUUUCUCGAUCUGGAGCGCAAUAAAUUUGAGUUUGUCAAGCCCAGCGAUAUGCGGCUGCUCAACCAGCUGCAGGAACGCGAGAAUCGCACCGUCAAUCUGGUUGUGGACUUUAAUCUGAAUCCCUUUGUGUGCGAUUGCAAAAUAUCGCCUUUCCGCACGUGGUUGCAGGCGACGCGUGUACAGGUGCGCAAUCAGGAUAGCCUCAUGUGCUUCCACGGUCUGCAACACGUUGAUCCGGCGCCGGCGCACAUUCUGCAACUGGACAUGAGCGAGUGUGCGGCUGCGAUGGAAGCAGCUGCUUCAUUCCUGAACAUCGCCGAGGAUGAACAGCUCUAUGGGCAGCUACAGCCGCACAUUAGUGGACACACGGCCACAUUGAUCUUUCUGCUGAUUGUGCUCAGCAUGAUCCUGCUGGGUCUGCUGGUGGCCCUCGUCUAUGUCAGUCGCGACAAAUUGAAGUACAUGAUGACACCGGUGUUCGAUAAUGUGGCCAAGAAAGUACAGUAUACGUCGAUUAAGGAUGAGGAUUGCCCGGAAGUGCAUGUCUAAGCAGUGCCACAAAUCCCACCCACACGUCCAUAUCAAACAGUAGCAACAAAACUAAGUACAGAUACGUUCGUAAUUUUUUUUUAAUUUUUGCCAUUCGCAUAGCGCCAAACGUGUGCCAUUCACAGGGAACGACGUCUAAGAAACUAACCAACCAGCGCAUAUCCUUUGAGAAGAACCUCUUCAGUUGACUCUACUCAAAACACACUCACAAACCUAUUGUUUGAUAGUCCAUAAGCGAAUUGUUGCAUUUAAGGUAAUAGUAGAACAACAACAACAACAAAAAUGUGGCAAACUCGUUACACGCAAUUACUGAAAUAAUGUUAGCGAUUUUCUAAGUAGCAUUUAAGCGGUCUUGUUAUGCAUUCUAUGAUUUCAAUCGGCAAGCAGCCAAUAAUUUCGUAGCCCGUAUAUGUACAUUCACAUAUACGAAUAUAAAAACAUACUUACCAUACAUAUAUUGUAACAAACACGUUAGUGUUAUCUGUGAUUUAAGUUUAGUAGCUUUACUUUGUUAAAACUCAAGCAAACGAAUAUUGAUGCAUAUAAACAACUUCAACCUGUAUAACAUAUGACGUACUUACAUAUAUAUAUCACUUACACUUAUGUUUAAAAUACUAAUAAAUGUUAUUAAUCAUUUGUCAAUUGUAAUAUUCUAAUGAUUUGUACUUUCAUUUUUAUGUAAUUAACACGCAGUUUUUAUAAAUAAAC